UUCUGCGGUCCUCUUCAUUCUCCGUCGUCGUUUUGUUCCGCGGAUGUCGUUCAUUUUUGUGGUGUGUGAGGUGAAGCGAAGUUUUUCAUUCGAAUCCAAUCGCCGUUCCGUUCGGUUGUCCGUCUCGCAGAAGCAGCAGCAGCAGUAGUGUCUGAAUCCCGUUUUGGCUGCUCAUCUUUCAGCAGCUUCAAUCCGUGGUUUUUGAAGUUUUGCGUUCGAUUCUCUGUGUUGUGAAUUCCGUCUCCAGAUCUUAGUGGAAGAACAAAGUGUAGAAAAGAUUACCCGAAGUGAUAACCCGUUUGAAGGUCUUUUUGAUCAUUUUUUUUGUAUGCCACUUCGUAAUAAGCCACCCAAUCUCAGUCAGGAGGAUUGCGUAGAAGAAAGAAAAAAUCUUGCGUUUUGUGAUGGCGAAGGUUUAUGACGUUUGUCGUGUUGUCAAAAAAGUCACAAAGAUUAUUUCGAUAGGAUAGAGGAGUGAAUGAUAUUCUGCGUUUUUGUCCGGGAGUUGGAAUCCGGAUUUUACGAUCACAGCUGAUCUGUGAAUAAGAAGAAUAAACUCAGUACCCGGGGAAAGAUCCGCGAAGAAGCGAGUGGAGAAGCGAGAAAUCUUUUUCUUUCCGGCAGCCAAAAUGUAAAUUGUGCAAAAGAAGAAACCCCCAAAAAUUGGAGCGCAGAGUCGAAUCGACGAGAAGAGAUUGUUCUGGUGGUUGUGCGCAAAAAACGACGACAAAGAGGAAAGAAGGAAGAUUGGGAGUGAGUUACGGAAGGCGUUCCUCGAAAGGAAAAAGUUUGUGUUGAAGAAGUUUCUGGCCGGAGCGAAGAAGAGUUCCAAGAAAUGUCCCAGCCGAACCAUUUUCAACCAUGGAAACAGAAUCGGCCCCUGGGAAUUCCGCCGAACGUGGGUGGUAAUAAUAGCUAUGGAAAGUUACCGGCAGUGGCCCAUCAGAAUCCUCCCCAGACGGCGAUGCAUCAUCAUCUCCACCAGCAGCAGCAGCAUCCACAGCAUCCCCUGGCCGUAAUGAUGGGCUUUCAGGAUCCCCAGGAACAGGGAAUGGGGAUCCAAAGUGCGGCCACGUCCUCGUCGACGUCGGUCAUUUCCUCGUCCACCGGACCUCUCCCCAAUUCCUCCGGGGGUAAUUCGGGUCAGGGAGGAGGAAUGGGCGACUUUCUGGCUCAGUUGGGUGCCAAUAAGUUGAUGCUGAACAAACUGAGCGCCAGUUAUGGGUUGGGAAGCCUUCCGGUGGGAAUGUCAUUGGAUCACCCAGCAGCAGGACAGCACCAGGCGGCGAUGCAGAAUCAACUCUCGCCCCUGGAUGACUGUGCCAAUGACAAAGAACGAGAGGUCCGAAUUCAGCAGAUCUUCGAGAAUGCUAUCGGUGACACCUCCAAGAAACAAAUCGUUGAGAUUCUGGAGAAGAUUUCCAUUCUUCGACCACCUGAAAGACUACUUUUGUACCUGCGUAUGCCUGGCGGCUACCCUGAGACAGACCCCCUGCGUCAGUCCCAGAACCCGCUGGGUACCCGUUCCGAGAUUAAUCACACAAUCAACUGGGUUCGUUCGCAUCUGGAACACGACCCAAACGUGUCCAUACCGAAGCAAGAGGUGUACGACGACUACACCGCUUUCUGCGAGCGAAUCGACAUCAAACCGCUGUCGACGGCAGAUUUCGGAAAGGUCAUGAAACAAGUAUUCCCCGGGAUCCGGCCGCGGCGAUUGGGAACCCGCGGCCACUCGCGCUACUGUUACGCGGCAAUGCGUAAAGCCACCAAACUGGCCGCUCCCAAGCUACCCGAUCUCAGCAGCAGCAGCACCAGCACCAGCGGUUCCACCGGUGGUGGCGAGAAAUCCGACCCGGAGGAUCAAGUGCCAACCGACGAGGAAGCGUGGAAGGUGAUCAAACUGUGGGCCGAAGCCAUGCUCCCGGGGGCGUUCGGGUCGAUCAACGAGCUGGCCGGGUUCAUCACCAAGCACAAUCUCAACUCGCCGGCCAGCAUCGCUAGCCGGCAGCAGCUGCAGAAGAAACUCCUACAACGCGAGAUUAAGGAGCGGAAGAAGCUGACGGCGGCCGCUCUCAAGAAGCGCCGACGGAAACGAAGAAAAACGCUGUCGACCAGCUUGGAUUCCGAGGUGGCCACUCCUCCAACGGGAGCACCUUCAUCGUCAUCAGCCGCUUCACGCGACCCCAAUGCACAGCUCAAAGCGACAUCAGAGACGACCUCGUCUUCUGUCGCCGCUUCAACCGUCCUUCAGCAGGUCAAACUCGAGCGGCCGGAUUAUACCGACGAAGAUAACAACAACACUCCCCCAACGCCGAUGACGGCUGCCGUCAGCAUAAAACAACAACAGCAGCAUCAGCACCAGCAGCUAAGUACAAAUCUCAACUGUGAUACUAGUAACAAUGCCCUCGUCGCAGCGUCAGCCACAUUGGCCGCCGGACGCCAGAUGCGAAGCCCAGCGGAAGAGUACAUCCUCUGCAAGAAGGUACGCCAAGCUCAACAACUGAAGGCCGCCGCCCAAAGUCAGCAGUCGGUUCCGCAGCAGAUGAUGCCCAAUCCGUUGCGAACGGCCAGUGCCGCUGCAAAACGUGCGGCCUCCAUUGCGCAUUUAGCCCGCCAAAAGCGGCUGCGACUCCUCCAACAGCAGCAGCAACGUUCGAUCGAGGCGCAGAACAACAGCGCCCCAAGUUACGACGAGAUGGGCAAUUUGAUUCUGAUCGAGUCGCAAGAUUUGGUCACCAGCAGCAGCAAGGAGGAUUUCAUCAUUCCCAGGGAGCGGGUCAUUAGCAUUUGUAACAUGGAUAAGAAUGCACUGGACGACUACCUGAAUUGCAAGGAGGAAAACUCGCAGGAUCAGGACCAGGAGUUGCUGCAGUAUUUUCCGGAGGAAAAUCAAGUAGAUGAUGGCGGAGGGAAUCCUCAGGGGAUGGGAUCUGGCAAUUGCGCCGGGACAUCACUCGAAACUGGUGGUUUUGGAAUGCCUGAUGAUCAUGAUACGAACUUCAAGCUAUCCCAACUGCGUAGCAUGCUGGAGCAGAACAUGAAUCAGGGUGGUGGAAUGGAUAAGCCGCAGGUAGGUGGCCAGUUGGACGGGUUCGAUGGAAGCGGGCAGCAGUUGAACCUUCAACCGGGAUCGGCCUCGGCUUCGUUGGCAAUGCUAUCCCAGCGCCAUCAUGGCAGCACUGUAAGUAGCCUAGAUAGUAAUACGUGUAAUAGUACUGAUACAAAGAAGAGUUUGAAUGCUAAUAUGAAGUUGGCACUCGAAGGAUGUCUGAAUAGUUUAGGAAACGGAUCGGCCAACAUGAAUGUUAAUAAUGGAACUCCUCUGCAAAGCCCGAACGGACGUCGUAAGAACUACGACUUUGUUCCCAUUUCGGCAGGUCCCCAGUCACCACGAGUUCCGUUGGCAAAGUCGUCCCAUCAGAAUAGUACACCAAACGCUAGUCCUUUUGUAAGUCCGCGAAAUACACCGAUACAUCGCAAAAGUAAACCUCCCAACAAUGGGCUUACGUUGAAUAUUAUGCAGCAGAAUCAACCGUCAUUGCAGCUGCCCGGGUACCAUCCGCGUCCGGGUUUUGUGAAGAAUGAACUGUCUGCAUCGGCACCUCCUAGCCCCUCUAUGGUACAAAACUACCGUUUCGGAAUGAAUCACAACGUACUGAACUGUCCGAGUUCCGUUCCGUCUUUUCAACCAAUCUGUGGUCCUUCUUCGCAAAUGCAACCUCAUCAGAACAUGCAGGGAUCACUUGAGUCCCGCUCUAGCAGUGUACCGUUGAUUCCCAACUACGAUGCGUACAACCAUUCCAAUUAUACUUCUGUAUCGCAAACUCCAGUACCUUCCGAGUGUGACGAUUUUUCCGACCCUAACAACAUUCUGGACAUGCUAAACGAACCUUCCUCGUCGACGGCUAACAUUCAGCAGUCAAUCAAGCUCGAAGAAUCAGAACCGAUGAUGUCCGACAUUCUGGACCAGGACGAUAUGUUUCCGAAAGCUUCCGUUCCCUUCAGCAGCUUAUCACGAUCCGUCCCAUCAACUCCACUUCCGCAUCAAAUGUCCUUCAAUCAUAACCAUCAAAACAUCGGAGCCUCGUUCGGUUCCUCCAACGGGACGAGCUCCGGCAAAGCUUUGUUUGAGCUUCCCAAAUCGGUUCCAUCCACUCCUAUCUCACUGAACAAUAACCGAGAAUCACUCUUCCAAUACAGCCCCGAAACGUCCCGUGAUUACCUCAUCAACGGAAAUUCGGUCGAUCGCACCAACAAAAUGGGUGGUCCCUUCUAUUCCAAUCAGGCCGGCGCCAAUGUCAACGCCGUCACCACGGGAGGGGGUGGCGGUGGGGGCAAUGCCAGCGUCGCUUCUGGUGGCCCUACGGGAACUGCCAACGGAACAGCUGCCUCCGCCGUCCCGUCGUCGUCGUCGUCCGGCUCGGGAACAGAAAUGUCCAUCUUGGCCGAUGGAAUCGAAAGCCUUACCGAUGCUCUCAUCGGGUCCGACACCCUGCGCUAUCUGUAGUUGAGAGAGGAAGGUUGAAAUUGACCGUUUACAGACAUCCAUCCACCCACAUCCACCACCAUCACCGUCAGUCAAUUCAUUCUCAUCAUUCCGAUCGUUCGCUCAACGGGUAUCAGGGAAGUAGAGGUAUUUAUAUUGAAACUGCGCUCGGGACUGCAUGUGCAUGAGCCUGUGAUUCGAUGGCGCAAUUUUUAGCCAGGGGAAAGGGGAAGAAGCAACUUUGUAACUACAUUGUAAACGGGGCGAGUAGACAGCACACUUAUACUUUAUUAGUAAUUUAUUCUCCACGUGCCGCUGCUCGCCGAUUGUAGAGUCGCGCUGUGAAAUAGCAGAGGGGACAGUGGGGCCAAAUUGGAUGCUGAGUGAUGUAGAUGAAGGAAAAAUGAAGAACGGUUUUUCACAGCAUGCAUCUCUCUUUUUGAAAUCCGAUAGUCAAAACAGUAAUGUGAUCAAU